AUGUCUGCGAUAUUCUGCUUCCUAAUUCGAGAAAAAGAAUUCAUUGAUGCUGGACGUAGCAUUCUUAGAGAGUACGCUGAUAUAAGAAUGUGCGAAGGCAAGAAUGAGUUCAAAAGCAUAGGUGCAAUGGAGCGGGGAUUGCAUCUGCGUGCCAAAGAUUUGGAGCGUUACCGAUUUACGGUCGUCACUCGCGAACCAGUCGACCGCUUCUUGUCUGGAUUCAUUGAUAGAUGCAUU